AUGAUCGCUCGGGGCCCUCGUGUCAUCGGCGAUGACCCCCUCGACGGCGUCGUGCCCAGCGGCUCCGUCGAUGAAGCCGCCAGGAACUACAAGAAGGCCAAGGUUAACCUCCUCGGGGGGGGGGCGGCAUCCCACUACUCGGUCGAGGUCCCCAGCGCGACGACAGGACGAGGAAGAAGGGGACGAGAUGAACUACAUGACCCUCCAGCGCCCCGCAGGGCCGACGAGCGCACAAAGGUGAUGACGUGCGAGGAAUACGUCAUCUAUUCCGGGUACCGCCAGACCUCCUUCACCUGGCACAAUGGCAAGCGCUUCCGCGAGUGGGCCUCCUCCGGCGAGGGCAAGACCCCGAUCGAGCCUUCCCCACAUCCAGGAGGCCUUUCGUAG